AUUAAAGGAACGUGGAAGUGAAUAUCAAGAGAUUAAAUAAAUAAACGAUUCGCAUAAGAAUUAACGGAUGUAUGUAAGAAGCGAUUGACGCAACAUUGAAAAAUAUUUUUGUCCUCAGCAGUACGUGUCCUCGCUGCAUCCUUCCGCAUACAAGCUUAUAAAGAAUCGUCGCAAUUCUCUUAUUCGAAUCUUUUAAGCAUGUCGAGACAAAUUUCUCGCUUUUUGUUAUUUUAUUUAUCCGUGAGUGCGAUCUUAGCUUACGGAUUAUCCCGAAGGAUUCCUAGAGGAGCAUCCUGUCCCUCGUGUAGUCAAGAUUGCCCAGAAGCCUUGACUGUUCAAUUACCAUGGAGUCCUCGACAAGAAUCAAAAUUGCAAGAUAUUUCCGUCAGUCCGUACCAAAAUUCUCCUUAUUCUCGUUUUAUACAAAGAGGAAUAUCUCAAGAUAUAGAACACGAUGAUAACAUUCCAUUGAGUCAAAAUUCGAUGCCAUUCGGAAACUUUAGAAGGUUCUUUCAACAAGAACCUACAACUAAACAUUCAAUUUUUAAAGACUAUCUCAAUAAUGAUCCGAGAUACUUAGACAGACAAGAAAUAUUUUCUCAAGACAAACCUGCGAGAGGAUACCCUCCUGUCGUUCCAUCGCGGCAAAUUUUUGACAAAUCGGAAAAUUUGUUCUUCAGAAAUCCUCGCAAUAAAUAUUCAGAUCAGACAUCAUCCUUGUCAGGGGACUACAAAAAAACGAAAGAUUAUUUAGAGACUGAAGAAGAUCCUAUGAGCAAAGUGCAAGUUGUAUAUCGCGCUGAUAAAGAUGCAAACCCUUUAUGGAAGAGUUCAAGAGAUAUUUCUUCAAAUAUCUUCCAAUCAGACAGAUCUUUCGAAAAUAUUUACGGAACUCGCCAGGAAGAUAUUCUCGAUGAAGAAAGAAAUGCGAUUAAAAAGUCUUCGAAUUCUAUCAGCCAGCUGAGAUAUCCUCAAGAAAGAUAUAAUCCCAUAGGAUUCGAUCUGUCAGAAGUGAAGCGUGAUUCUUAUAUUAAGGAUAGAAAUAUUCCGAAAUCGACGAAAGAAUUUUUGGAUAAUUGGGACAUCGCUAAGGAUUCAUCGCGAUCUUUGAAUCUGGGACAAUCUAAGAAUAAUCUCUUAGAGGAAUAUCCUGCAGAGAAACAAGAAAUUAUUGUUAAAGAUGAUACUGACCAAAUCAAUUCUAAAUCUUAUGAUUCUAAAUUUUCUCAAGAUUCAAAUAUAUGGAAAUCAAGAAAAGAUGAAGAAUCGUUAGAUUCUUUGAUGAAAACAAAUGCUAGAAGUUUCGAAAAUGAGGAAGAUGCUGAAGAUAUGAAAAAAUAUUUCGACGACAGAACUGAACCCUUUGUGGAUGACGAAGACAUGAAAGAAUAUUUUGAAGAUAAGACUGAAUACAAUAGAGAUGAAGAUACCAUUCCGACCCUCGGGAUUGAACGAGAUAAUUACAAAUCUUUACCUCAGAAUAUUUGGAAAGGUACAGAAAGUGAUGAAUUCCUCGAUUUAGAUUUUAUGCGCGAAAACUCGCAAGAGAGUGGACAAUUGAGAUUAUACUCUGACGAAAAUGAUGAAUAUCCGUUCUUUGAAGACGAGCAAAACGAAGGUGUAAUCUUUCAAGACAAACCAAAUAUCGACGCUGAAACUGCUCGCGCACCUGUGAUUAAUGCCUAUAACGCCUACAUACUUCCUCGUUACUUAAAUAUUGUAAAUGAUAAGAAGGAUUUGGCAAAGUCCGAGACGCCGGAAUUGGAAGCUAAAAGCAAUCUACAUGUGAAUCCUGUAAUAAAAAUGAAUCAUAAAUUCUUCGAGGACGAUGCUAUUAUUGAAGAUAACGCGCGCAUCCAAGAUCUUAUACUUUCUAAGAAUAAUUUAGAUGUACAGAAAUACAGCAAUCCUAUUCCCGACAAACGAAAUAAUGUAAAAAAUAAGAAUGAGGCUUUGACAGAACUUGAUCCUGAUCUAUUGGACGACAUUGAAGAUCCUCCAGUAGGAACAACCGAAUCAACACCAAUGUAAUUCUUAUUGAAUUUUCUUAGCAGCAAUAUAAUUGUUAGUAUUACAUAUACAUAUAAAUCUCGGAUCACAGUUGAAUUGCUCAGUUGAGAGUUCUUUCAUUUAAGAAAUUUAAGAAUUUAAGAGUUUUUAUGAAAUUAGCUUUUUCUUGUUAAUAAAACGUCGAGCAGUAAUUUUUAAAUUACUAAUAAUUAAAAAUGAUAACUUCAAAAAAUAGUUCAAGAUUUAAAGAAUUAAAUCAUAAAAAUAUUUAAGAACGUACAAAAUUGAUAACUUGCGAGUAAAUAUAAUCUGCCUUGACACUUUCACUUAAAAAAGUCAAAUUCUAAAUUGAUAAAAAUUUUAUAAAUUUAAUAAAGAUUGCUCAAACUAAAUCCAGGAUAUCUUGUAUAACUUUCAUUAUUCUAUUACUAUCGUAAAUAGUAACUAGAAAUGUUCAAGUGAGUCUGUUGUAAAGAAGAAAAUGUAAUAUAGUAAUAAUAUUUGAAGAUAAAUAAAGAUUUAUUAUUUAUUAAUGUUAAUAUAUUAAGUUUUGAUUAAUUAAUAAUAUUAAUAUAUUUUUUGAUGAAAUAAAAACGAUAACAUUCCUUAUUGAAACUUUUCUGCAAAUGUUCUAUUUGAAAAGAAAUCUUUAAAUGGACAUUCUGUAAUAUAAAUUUAGGAUUUCUUUUUGAAUCUACUAUCUUUCCUAAAUAAAUGAAUCACCAAAAAAUA